CAAAACCGAAGAAAUGGCUUGGUUAGAUGAUACCAAACCGGUCGGUGCCUUAACGGAAUUUUCAAUUCCGACAGGCUUAGAUCUUCAAUUCACGAUCCUCUGCAAUCUUCAAGCUCUGAAUUAAGCUUCUCAUACUAUCAAGAUUUCGAUUAAUGUUUCGGAUUGCAAAUAAGUUCUCUCAAAUUCCGAUGGGAUUGUAGCAGAUCAAAACCUCCGGCGAUUCAAAUCUCCAUGCAGCAUUGAAUCUAAUCUGGCUACUUCAGUAUAUGCAUGUAAAGGUUGGUGCUAUAAACCGAGUGCGUAAUCAAGCAAUGGAGUACAGAAGACAAAUCAAUCAAUUGUUCAUUUCAUAAUCGGAUCAUUCUAAAGUUUACUGAGCCUAACUCCAGCACAAAGUCUGACGAAGAUGGACAGAGGAGUAAAAAAAAUAGAAAGAGAAGAAUGCAUCAACUCCAUAAGAAAGCAAGGUGUACAGUCUGACGGUUUGCCUAAGCAUGAAGUAGGAAGAGCAGGACCAAGUGGUUGUUGUGUAUGUUUUGAAGAUAAUGAUUGCUGCGGACUCCUUGGGGUCUUACUUGUUUCAUCAUUUCUGCAAGGAAGAUUGAUUAAGGAAAUACAGCAAGCAAUGAGGAUCUUGAUAGAUGCUUAUCUUGAUUGAUGCUUGUCUAAAGCUAACCAAUACCUUUAAUAUCUAGGAUUUGAUCUUCACAAACCUCAACAAACAGACAACAGGACGUCCACCAGCAUCCUGGCUUCCUCUGUAAACAGUCUCAGCAAAUGAUCCCCACAAGUGACAGGUAACUUGAGUCAGAGACAGGAUCACAUGGAAAGACAUGAGUUCCAUUUGUGAAAGUCAUCUUAUAUAGAUGAGAGGUUGGACGAAAUUGGCCACUGGCAUAAUUGAGAGCAAAGAUCUCAAUGAACACCCAAUGACCAACAGAUUUACCUCAAUGUCAGAUAACACCAACUCUAGAGUUUCACCAGUGUUGGAUGUGUACUGAUGCCAGGAGUGAAGUACCUUCACUUGGACUCUCCACUGUGUGGUGUAUGGCCUGACAUCUUUGAGGUAAGCAAAUGUUGCAACAGCCAUUAUAUGCUCGAUUAUGUUUAGAGAAAAUAAUAUGAUUAGAGGGGGUGAGUGCUGAUGAUGAUGAGAGGUUUUGAUAUGGAACUAUAUAUAGGGUGAUAGAAUAGGUUAAAGAAAACUUGAUGACAAAGCAUAUUGGUAUCGCAAUCUCUUCCAAAUCGGCAUAAAAUAUAUGCAUUGUUAAGAUUAUGGAAUAUAGAUUAAUGGUUAUCAAUGAAUUGGUUGAGGUUUCCAGAAAUCUAUGGGAAGGAGAGGAUAACUAUAAGAUUCUCUUAAAUGAUAAGAACUGAGCGUAGGCGGGAAAAUAAAUUCAAUUAGUAGAGGGAAAAUGUAUUUCGAAGUCAUUUAAAUUGAUAGUAGCAGAAGCAAGAUUUGUUAAAGAUUGCAUUGACGAAAAUGGAGGAACAAAAGAGAUGAUAAGGUAUGUGAGAAGUAAUUUGUUUUGAUUGUGUAAAUAUGAGUGGAAUAAAUUAGGUAUGAUUAGAUUCCGGAGAUAUUUGAUUAGCGAAAUAGUUUAGGAAUAUGUGAAGUGCGGAUUGGUAGAUUAAAUAUGGAAUUAUAGAAGUAAUUAGAGUGAAUAUUUCAAUGUGGUUUUAAGACAACAUUCCUUAAAUCUCUUAUCCUAGAUCCGAAUAUGAUUAAACCGGGUAAAACCCGGAUCCAAAAGACUUUUUGCAAAAAUCCCCUGUAAAAAUGUAUAUGUAGAUAAAUCCAGCUUCUCUUGUCUCUCUAAUAUCUUCGUAAACCUCUCUAACUUUGAUUUUUCCACAUAUGAUUAGAUUUUGAUUCUCUAUAUCCUUCAAGCUUACGUCACUACAAGAAAACACAGCAACUCCUGACGGUAUUUCUGACAGACAACAAUCCAUCGGAAAUUACCGACGAAUUACCGACGGAAUUCAAGCCAUCGAGACUCGUCCGUAGUCCGUCAGUAAUUUCUGACGGUGUUACAUCCGUCGGAAAUAUAUAACGAGAACCCGAUGGCGUUUUGACGGCAUAUGUGCGUUAGUAAUAUCUGUCGGGAAUUCGUCAGUUUAUUGUUACCGUUACCAUAACCGUUUGAAUAUUUUAAUUUCCUACAGAAUACCGACGGCUUCGUGACGGAAUAUAUCCGUUACCUAUAUCUGUCGGGAAUCCGUCGAUUAUUUGUUACCGUUAAAGUAGCCGUUCUUUUAGCCGUUUGAAUUUUUGUUUGUGACGGAAUAUCGACGGAUAUCCGACGGACGCCGUUAGAAUUUUUUUUUUAUAAAUAUGCAUACCCACUCAUUCUCAACAACACACUCAUUCUAACACCAUUCUUCCAUUCUCUAAAAGAAAAUAACGAAACAAAAAAAGAUGUCUUAUUUUAGAUCGUGGAUGGACGAACCAAUGAUGGAUCCAGAGUCAAACUUAUUAAGAGACGAAUACGCUCAAGGGGUAUGUGAGUUCGUGGAAUUUGCUUGUCAACAACCAGAAGCAAAGAAAACCCGUAAGUUGAAAUGUCCAUGUUCUCUUUGCGGGAAUGCCCAUAAUAUUAGGAUUGAUUUAGUUUGGAAUCACUUGUAUUGCAAUGGGUUUAUGACGGGUUAUAAGAUUUGGUUUCUUCAUGGAGAACGACCGGAUUAUGCUAGUACUAGCAAACCAUAUAUUAUGGAUAGCGUAGAAGAACGUAGAACGGAAGUAAAUUUUGGUGUAGGUACUGUUCAGAUGGUUAAUGAUGCCUAUAGAGAAAAUAUACAGUCGACUGGUACAGAUGAAGAUAGAAUAGAGGAACCUAACUUAGAAGCCCAAAUGUUUUUCGGAAUAUUAGACGCAGCUAAACAACCUCUAUACAAAGGCUGUAGAGAUGGUCAUUCGCUUUUAUCAUCUACAAGUAGAUUGAUGACGAUAAAGACAGGCUAGAAUUUGGCUGAAGAUUGUGUGGAUGCGAUAGCAGAUUUUGUGAAAGACAUUUUGCCUGAAGAUAAUAUUUCACCAGCUUCAUACUACGAGGUUCAGAAACUGGUAGCUGGUCAUUCGCUUUUAUCAUCUACAAGUAGAUUGAUGACGAUAAAGAUAGACUACAAUUUGGCUAAAGAUUGUGUGGAUGCGAUAGCAGAUUUUGUGAAAGACAUUUUGCCUGAAGAUAAUAUUUCACCAGCUUCAUACUACGAGGUUCAGAAACUGGUAGCUGGUCUUGGUUUAUUGUAUCAGAUUAUAGAUGUGUGUGUCGACAAUUGUAUGAUAUAUUGGAGAGAAGACGAAAACCGGAGAAGAUGUAAAUGGUGUCGCAAACCACGAUUUCAGGAAACAUCUGGCAGAGUUCCAGUCCCUUAUAAGCGAAUGUGGUAUUUACCAAUAACUGACAGGUUGAAGAGAUUAUACCAAUCAGAACGUACGGCUGAGGCAAUGAGAUGGCAUGCAGAGCAUAGAAGAGAUGGAGAGAUCACGCAUCCUUCAGAUGCAGAAGCAUGGAGACAUUUUCAGUCAGUGUAUCCGGAUUUUGCGUACAAGCGACGUAACGUAUACUUGGGAUUAUGUACAGACGGUUUCAACCCAUUUGGGAAGCACGGAAGGCAAUAUUCGUUGUGGCCGGUAAUCCUAACACCUUACAAUCUGCCACCAUCGUUGUGCAUGCGCCGAGAGUUUCUAUUCCUCUCAAUUCUCGUUCCGGGUCCAGAGCAUCCAAAGAGAUCACUUGAUGUCUUCUUACAGCCAUUGAUCUAUGAGUUGCAAAUGUUUUGGGAGCACGGUGUUGAAGCAUAUGAUGUAUCAUAUCAACAGAAUUUUCAGAUGCGUGCCGUACUAAUGUGGACCAUAAGCGAUUUUCCAACAUAUGGUAUGUUAUCUGGGUGGACAACGAAUGGAAGAUUAUCGUGUCCGUAUUUUCAAGAUAACACAGAUGCCUUCCAAUUGAAGCACGGAUGGAAGACAUGUUGGUUUGAUUGUCAUAGAAGAUUCCUACCUCCCGAUCACCCUUAUCGUCGCACAAGAAAUUUGUUUAAGAAGAAUAGGUACGUGUUUGAUGAUCCACCUCCAGGUGUAGAUGGUGCGAGUAUAUUGACUCAAUUCAGAGAUUUUGGAGCAGCGAGGACUCCUGAUGUUGGUGGUAAUGGGCAUGAUCCUGUUGAUGGUGCUGGUGUAAAUCACAAUUGGCACAAACAGAGCAUUUUUUGGGAUUUGCCGUAUUGGAAAGAUCUUUUGUUGAAACACAAUAUAGAUGUCAUGCACACUGUGAAGAACUUCUUUGACAACAUCAUGAACACCACUCUAAACGUCCCAGGGAAGACAAAAGACAAUUUGAAGUCUAGAUUAGACUUGCCAGAUAUUUGUUCUCGGCGUGAGCUUGAGGUAAUGGCGAACGGGAGAUGUCCAAUUCCGAUCUAUCGGUUAAAUGCGGCUUCAAAGAUGGCUUUCUUCGAUUGGAUUACCCAUGAGCGACUUCUUCCAUUUGCCUUUGCCCAUCUUCUACCAGCAAACGUCCAUGAAGCAAUUGCAGGAAUUGGUGCUUUCUUUCGCGACUUAUCAAAAAGAUCACUUACGGUUGACGGUAUCCGAAAUUUGGAACAAAAUAUACCCAUUCUUCUUUGCAAUCUUGAGAAGAUAUUUCCACCGUCUUUUUUUGAUGUUAUGGAACAUCUACCUAUUCAUCUACCGCGAGAAGCAGCACUAGGUGGUCCUGUCCAAUAUCGAUGGAUGUAUCCUUUUGAACGGUACAUGUUUCACCUCAAGAAGAAGGUUAAGAAUUUAAGCAAAGUCGAGGGCUCUAUUGUGGCACAAAGCAUUAAUGAAGAAGCCUCACACUUUGCGGAAUAUUACUUUCCGUCAGAUGUACGUACUAAGAGUCGACGUCCUUCUCGUCAUGACGAUGGAGGCGAGCAACCAACGUAUCCUGUCUACGUCCCAAGCUUGUUUACUCAAAUUGGACGCCUUAGUGGCAAAUGGAAGAAACGAAAACUAUCAGAGCAGGAGUAUACGCACUUGCAUAUGUAUAUUCUCACAAACUGUGAGGAUAUUCUUGAAUAUGAGAGGAUUUACAAGGCUGUAGUACGCUCCUAUUAUCCGGAGUUUACAGAAGAUCAAAUUGUUGACCUUAAAGAGAAGGAGUUCUCGUGUUGGUUGCAAUACUAUGUAUCAGAUGGAGUUUCUAAAGGUCAAUCAUUUCCAACAUGGUUACUAGAGUUCUCUAGCGGACAAAACUACAUUGCAAAAUCCUACCCGAGGUAUUGCACAAGAGGAUAUGCUUUUAGGAUUUAUGAAGAUGGAACUAGGAGGACCACAACUGAUUCUGGUAUAUCUGUUCAAGCUGGUGGUGUUGUAUACUAUGGUAUCCUUAGAGAAAUAUUGGAAAUUUGCUACCCAGGAAUGUUGAACAUGAGAUGCAUUGCAUUUUUGUGUGACUGGUACGAUCCUGUGGUUGGUAGUGGUGUACGAGUUGACCAAUUCGGUGUUACAUCAAUAGACUCAAGACGAAGGUUAUUGAAAUACGAUCCAUUUAUACUUGCAUCACAAGCAGACCAAGUAUGCUAUAUCAAUUACCCUCGAGUGACGCGCGUCAACGACCCAUGGAUAACAGUGACGUCGGUAAACCCAAGAGGUCAAGUAUAUGGAGUUGCAGCCCACGAGCCUCUACAGGCAAGCGGAAGUUGUCAGAUGGCUUCAGUUGAGCAUUCCCUUGAAGUUGAUCUUAUGGUUGACUUCACCUUAUUUGAAGAUGAAAUAGUGCAUUCAGAGUCAGAGGAAUCAGUUGGAGAAUUUGAUGAUGAUAUAGACUCAAUUCCUUCUGACUAUUCAACAGAUUCAGAGUAGAUAAUAAAUGUUAACUUUAUGUAAGACAAUAUUUGGUACUACGUUUUAUAAUAAAUUAUUUAUACUA